UCUAUACAUGGAGAUUCUCAUGCUGAGACAGUUCAGUCAGAGAGAUUCAGUCCAUUCUCUCUCAUUCCCUUGAAGAGAAACCAUGGUGCUAGCCUGUAUUACUAUGUUUCUCAGCUUAGCACAUCUCCUCAGUGCUAUGCCCCUGCACUGUGAACUCCUGCAUCCACAAACACCAGACAACACCACAGCAUCCAAGCUGUUGGGGAAAUGGUUCUACAUAGCUGGGGCCUCACAGUCCCCCAUUCACCUGCUGGAAAUGGUGCUGAUUGAUAAUGCUUAUCUUGAUGUGAACCCUACUGGGCAGGAGCAGGAGUUACUCAUCAACCAGCAUGUCACAGCGGGGAACAAAUGUUUCUCAAGCAACUCAACUUACUUUGAAGUCUCUCUCAAUAAUGCGACACUAAUUAAGUCUGCCAAGAAUCAACACGCUAUGGGGAAGCUUAUGAGGAGCAGUUCCGAAGACAUUUUGCUCAUUCACUAUCAGGCACACAAGGAGAAGAACUACACAGGAUUGCAUCUUUAUGCACGGAACCAAAACUUGAGUGAAACUCAGUUGCAGGAAUUCAGAGGCCAUGCUAAAUGUCUGAGCCUUUCUGAUGAGGAAAUAAUUUAUGCACCAUGGCAGAAGGAGCUGUGUCAAAUGAAAGAAACCAAACAAACAACUCCCCAGACAAGGAGAUGCCAGCUACAGUCCUAGGAUAACCCUGAACCUAACACGACUGGACAUGUGCAGCAUCAGGCCACUUAACGUCUGCAGCAAAUAAAAGUUUUCUUUAUUAUU